CGCAUCGAAAGCCAAACGGCCCAUCAUCAACCCUCGCCACCACCAUUCGACGUUGACAACAAAAUGGACUGGUUCCCAUUGAUAUACAGCCUCACGCCAGCAGAGCGCAAUGAUCUUCUGCUUGCGAACGGGACUGCUGAUGAUUGUGGCGCGGCGGCGGCUGUCGCUGGUCGCGUCAUUCGCAAGCCAAAUCGCAAGACGGCGCUCGUGAUUCUCAACCAGCCUUUGAUACCCGUCUCAUCAAGCCUUUUCCAGCAGCUGUGGGCAGACUCGGCCGUGCAUGUCUGUGCAGACGGUGGCACCAAUCGUCUCUACGAUGGUGUUGGCUUUGCCCAGCAACAAGUUGCCGACUCUGCUGCUGCUGCUGCUGCUGUGGCCCGUCCCGUGGCUGAGGCCACUGAUGCUGUCAAUCAUAGCGACACAUCUGAUCGAAUCGCCCGUUCCAAUCCGCAUCCGCAGUCUGUGGGCUGUGCGCCAAGUCAGCAAACGAUUUCUCGUGACAUGUAUCGCCCAGAUGUCAUUGUUGGAGACUUUGAUUCCAUCCGAACAGAAGUGAAGACCUUUUACUCGAGCUCUCCGGCAACGACAAUCGUCCAUUCCCCAAGCGAAAACUAUCACGACAUGGACAAGGCAAUACUAUGCGCAGUCGAUCUGCUAUCCGGCGUAUCCCCUCGACCGCUUGGGUCGGCUGGAAGUGCACUGGUGCUCGAUGACGUCCAGUUCGACAAGGCUGCGCUUGCCGGAGCCUCAAUCGUCGUGCUGGGCGGUCUCGGAGGUCGGUUUGAUCACACCAUGGCCUGCAUCAGCUCCAUGUUACGGUGGACCAAUGCUGUGGGCGCAACGGUCACCGUCAUCACGCCCGAGUGCACGGUGACAAUGCUUCCUGCUGGUCGACACAACAUUGUGGCGAAUCUUCAAGCUGAGGGGCCAACCUGCGGAUUGCUUCCCGUGUGCGAGCCCUGCAUGUUGACGACGUCCGGAUUCACCUGGAACCUUGAGAAUGGGCGAAUUGCGUAUGGUGAGCUCGUGAGCUCCUCCAAUUCAAUCGAUACAACCACUGUAGAUGCACGACAUCCAUCGUUGGCACUGCUGACAGUCCAAACAUCAGCUCCCUUGACUUGGACAACUGAAUUGCACUUUGCUCACGCUUGAUUUGUCUUGAUUCUUUGUCACUACUUUACUGUACCAUCGGCAUUGACAUACCUUUAUCAAUAAAAUUCACGCGUCCCGAGUCG